AUGGGGAAGAAGUCCAAAUCCAAGAAGGAUACAGCUAAAAAGCUGGAUUCCAAGCCUGUCAAGAGAACUCACGAAGAAGUUGACACUGCCGAAACCGAGCAGCUCGUGGACGAAGUGGACGGUGAAUUCGAUGAUGUAGCACAGCUUUUGGGCGAGAACAUCAAGGAUCCAGAUGCUGAGAAAGAUGCAAAGAAAAAGGCCAGAAAGGAGAAGGCCGAGGCUGAAAAGGCUGCUCAGGAUAAAGCUAUCAAGCCCACAGUGGAGAAAACUGCCGAGGAUGACGUGGAAGAGGAUGUCAAUACUGACUUUGACAAGGCUGAUCUCAGUGAACCCACCAUGAAAGCUAUCAGAGACAUGAAAUUCACGAAAAUGACCAAGGUUCAGGCCAAGACGAUUCCGCCACUUUUGGCUGGUAGGGACGUUUUGGGUGCUGCAAAGACUGGUUCGGGUAAGACGUUGGCCUUCUUGAUUCCUGCCAUCGAGCUCUUGUACUCGCUUAAGUUCAAGCCUAGAAACGGUACUGGUGUGGUUAUUAUUUCUCCAACCAGAGAGUUGGCUCUUCAGAUCUUUGGUGUGGCCAGGGAGCUCAUGGAGCACCACACACAGACUUUUGGUAUUGUCAUUGGUGGUGCCAAUAGAAGACAAGAAGCCGAGAAGCUCACCAAGGGUGUCAACUUGUUGAUUGCCACUCCAGGUAGACUCUUGGAUCAUUUGCAGAACACUGAGGGCUUUGUUUUCAAGAACUUGAAGGCUUUGGUUAUCGAUGAGGCGGACAGAAUCUUGGAAAUCGGUUUCGAGGAGGAAAUGAAGCAGAUUAUUAAGAUCUUGCCCAACGAGAACAGACAGUCCAUGUUGUUUUCCGCCACUCAGACCACCAAGGUCGAGGAUUUGGCUAGAAUGUCCUUGAGACCUGGUCCUCUCUACAUUAACGUUGUGCCUGAAAACGCCAACCUGACAGCUGACGGUUUGGAACAGGGUUACGUUGUCUGUGACAGUGACAAGCGUUUCUUGCUUCUAUUUUCUUUCCUCAAGAGAAACGCAAAGAAGAAGAUCAUUGUGUUCCUUUCGUCGUGUAACUGUGUGAAAUACUUUGGAGAGUUGUUGAACUACAUCGACUUGCCAGUGUUGGAUCUUCACGGAAAGCAAAAGCAAGCCAAGAGAACCAACACUUUCUUUGAGUUCUGUAACGCCAAGCAAGGUAUUUUGAUCUGUACAGAUGUGGCCGCCAGAGGUCUUGAUAUCCCAGCUGUUGACUGGAUUAUCCAGUUCGACCCUCCAGAUGAUCCAAGAGACUACAUCCACAGAGUGGGUCGUACUGCCAGAGGUACCGAAGGUAAAGGUAAGUCAUUGAUGUUCUUGACGCCGAACGAGUUGGGAUUUUUGAGAUACUUGAAGGCUGCAAAUGUGCCAUUGAACGAAUACGAGUUCCCAUCCAGCAAAAUCGCCAACGUGCAAAGCCAGUUGACCAAGUUGAUCAAGAGCAAUUACUGGUUGCACCAGAGCGCCAAGGACGGCUACAGAUCGUACUUGCAAGCAUACGCCUCACAUCAUCUCAAGACUGUCUACCAGAUAGACAAGUUGGACUUGGUGAAGGUGGCCAAGUCUUUUGGCUUUGACGUGCCACCCAAGGUGAACAUCACGAUCGGCGCCAGCGGCAAGUCGAUCGAGAAGAAGCACAAGAAGCAGAGAAGAAGUUAG